AUGGAGACGCAGCCUCGCUUUCUCUGCCGCCACCAGCACCACAACCACCCCUCCGUCCUGCUCGUUCUCAUCGCCGCCGUCCUCCUCUCCGCCGCCCGUUUUACGGCGGCCCAAACCGACGCCACCGACACGGCCAUAAUGCGGACCCUCGCCAAGGCUCUCGAUCCAUCCGGCAAGCUCAACUGGUCGGCCUCCACCGACCCCUGCACCAGCUGGGACGGCGUCCGCUGCUCUGGCGGCCGCGUCACCGACGUCCUAGUCAGCCACCGUGGGAUCUCUGGCUCCCUCCCGCCGGACAUACGCAACCUCUCCGCCCUCGUCCGCCUCGAGGUCAUGAUCAACAACCUAUCCGGUCCUCUCCCCUCCCUUGCCGGCCUCGGCGCCCUUACCACCGUAUUCCUGGCCAACAAUAGCUUCUCCUCCAUCCCGGACGACUUCUUCUCCGGCCUCAACUCCCUCACCAACGUCUACCUCGACACCAACCCCUUCGCCGCCUGGACGAUCCCAUCAUCCCUCCGCGCCGCCUCCGGCCUCGUCAACUUCUCCGCCAAUGGCGUCAAUCUCACCGGCACCAUCCCGGACUUCCUCGGCACCGACUUCCCCAGUUUUUACCACCUUGCUCUCGCCGGCAAUAACCUCACGGGCUCGAUUCCAUCGAGCUUUGCCGCCUCCCCGCUCAACUCCCUCUGGGUCAACAACCAGAAGGGAGGCGGCCUCUCGGGCCGCAUCGAUGUCGUCCAGAACAUGACAAAUCUCAAGCAGCUCUUUCUCAUGUCCAAUUCCUUCUCCGGCCCGAUUCCCGAUCUCUCCCGCCUCGAAAACCUCUAUGAUUUGGAUCUCCGGGACAACCAGCUCACCGGCCCCGUGCCGAGCUCGCUGACUUCGCUCAAAUCUCUUAGGAGCGUCGUCUUGACCAACAAUCUGCUUCAAGGGCAGGUGCCCGUCUUCCCCAGUUCGGUGAAGGUCGAGCUCGAUCCAACUACGGAGAGAUUCUGCCUCACGGACGGCUCCGCCUGCGAUCCCCGGGUGAACGUUUUGCUCUCCAUUGCCAAGUCCGUUUACUAUCCAACGUACCUGGCCAACAACUGGAAAGGGAACGAUCCAUGCAAUGGUUUUGCGGGCAUUACGUGCGAUCCCAGUGGUAACAUCACCUCCGUCGUGUUGCAGAAAUUGGAUUUGAAUGGUACGAUCUCGCCGGAUUUCCAGUUGCUCCCUAAGCUGCAGAAGCUGGUGCUCUCCGGUAAUCAUCUCAAUGGCAGUAUCCCGUCGGAGCUUACCAAUUUGAAGUAUCUCCAGCUAUUGGAUGUUUCUAAUAAUGCACUCUGGGGGAAGGUUCCAAGUUUUGGAGGCAAUGUUUCGGUGAACACGGAUGGGAACUCAAAUAUUGGAAAAGAUGCUGGGAAUGGUGGCAAUCCAGGUACGGAUUCUCCAGAUUCUAGGAGUGCUGAUAAUGGUGGAAGGAAGAAGUCCAUAGGAGUUAUCGUGAGCUCCAUCGUUGGUGCAAUAUGUGGCGCUCUCCUCAUCGGCUAUUUGGGAAGAAAACUUUUCUGUUGGAGGAGAAAGAAGCAGAUUAAAGUUCAGAAGACCGAUAACAUGGUGAUACACCAAAAGAAUUCCGGUUCUGAUACUGAGUUGUUGAAGGCCGCAGCUACGAGCAUUGCAAAUGGGACAGAUAGCGGACCCAAUAUUAUAGCGGAGCCAGGGAGCAUGGUUGUUUCGAUACAAUUAUUAAGGGAGGUUACAGACAACUUUAGUGAGGAUAAUAUCUUGGGUCGUGGAGGGUUUGGGACAGUCUAUAAAGGGGAGCUCCAUGAUGGCUCCAUGAUUGCAGUGAAGCGAAUGGAGACCGGAGCAAUGGGAUCGAAGGGUCUGAAUGAGUUUAAGUCAGAAAUCUCGGUCCUUACAAAGGUCCGGCAUCGGCAUCUGGUCUCCCUUCUUGGCUAUUGCUUAGAAGAAAAUGAGAGGAUUUUGGUUUAUGAGCACAUGCCUCAGGGUACACUCAGUCACCAUCUUUUUGAUUGGUUGAAAUUGCAAUUGAAGCCACUGGAAUGGAAAAAGAGACUGACCAUUGCCUUGGAUGUGGCACGCGGUGUAGAGUACCUACAUAGUCUGGCUAAUCAAACCUUCAUACAUAGAGAUCUGAAGCCCUCUAACAUUCUGCUUGGAGAUAAUAUGAGAGCUAAGGUUGCUGAUUUUGGAUUGGUUCGACUUGUACCAGAAGAUAACCAUUCUAUUGAAACACGGCUUGCUGGAACUUUUGGAUACCUUGCCCCAGAGUAUGCAGUGAUGGGGCGUGUAACCACCAAAGCAGAUAUUUUUAGCUUUGGAGUGAUACUCAUGGAGCUGAUUACAGGUAAGAAAGCAAUUGAUACUACCCAGCCAGAGGAGAGCAUGCAUUUGGCGACUUGGUUCCGGAGGAUGCACCUCAACAAGGAUGCCUUCCAAAAGGCCAUUGACCCAAAUAUCAUUUUUGAUGAGGAGACCUUUGAGAGCAUAAAGAUAGUUGCUGACUUGGCUUGCCAUUGCACUAUGCGAGAACCCUAUCAGAGGCCUGACAUGGCAUAUGCUGUCAAUGUCCUGUCCUCGCUUGCUGAAAUUUGGAAGCCGACCGAUGUUAACUCUGAUGAUGAUUAUAGGAUCGACCUUGAAACUCCAUUACCAGAAGUGCUUAAGAAGUGGCAGGAAUCUGCAGAAAGUAGCCAAAUGGAUGAAACUACCAAUUUUCCUAAUUUUGAGAACUCCCAAAGUAGCAUUGCUACAAGACCCAGAGGCUUUGCAGAAACCUUUAGCUCAGCAAAUGCAAGGUAGUUUAAUGCAAGAGGAUGUAGCUGAAAAACUUAUAUUGUGGCUUCUUCAUUUCCUAUGCUAGUUCUCUCUCAUGUACCUUGAGACUGGAGUCAAUUUUUUUCUUCCUUUACACAGAUUGUAAUCUUAUUUUUACCUUUUAGUUUUUG